CGUGCGUGUAUUAUGCAUUCAGAAAGAUCAAUGAAGUCGAAUUAAGAUAAAUGAAAUUCAGCACAGUGAAAUUGCAUACAAAUGCGCGUUGUAGUGCAAAACGUGUUUCAAAGCAGCACCUUGCUAAGUUAGCUAGCGUGGUUUGCCAUAUGAAUGUAAAUAAUAUUACAAGUAGAGGCGUCAGAUAUAUCUUACGAAGUAACUUUUUGGUCCUGAAUGCGCUUCCCAGCCCAUUCCUUGUUAUUUGUUGAAAGUUUUAGUUUGUCGAGCAAUUGCUAGGCAGUGUACACGAAGCGGCCCGGUUGAUUUUGCGAAAAGUUGUUAUAAGGGGGCAAAGUAGUUGGCUGUUUCUUAAUUAAAUGAAUUUAUAUGUAUUUAUUCAUUCGUACACACUCACAGUUAAAUAUGUGGGUUAUAUAUAUACUUCAUCUUUGUUCUUCAAACAUUCUGGAAACGUUCACGAAAGGCAAGUUAGCUCGCUAGCUAAACUAGUCAUAGCUUGAUUCAGCACUAGCUUUGUGCAGAUAACGUUAGAUGCUGUAAGCUAGCCGGUGAGGCCUGGGGUACUGAACAAAAUUAGGCUUUGCGCAGCGUCGAGAUAUAAGCUUUUUGAAGUGAGAGAUUUCUUUUCGAUUCUGGUGAAACGUGGCCAUAUUAUAGAUUUCGGAAGUAACUACUUAUUUGGGGGGAAAUCGUGAAAGUCACAGAUCAACCUGCGGCCUACCCAUGAGCUGCCCCCACCACGCGCAAACUGUCACGGGGGUUCAGGUAGCCAGUCAGAUUAUAAUGAAGAAGGUUAUAGAUUGAGUGGCGUGGCUUGCCGUGGCGGUGUACUUGCACUCCAGCGAGUACAGUUCUCCACUUUUAUGCACUUGCAACAGUUAAUAAGGGAGUAUACAAUAACUUGCCACCAGGUUUUGAAGAAUAUCCUUCAAGUAAAUCAGAAUUCGAAGUUAUGUCCCCUAUCUUAUGUGAUUCAGUGAUCUGGCACAGAUUCCCAACAAAACCAAGCCAUACCUAUUCCAUCCCCUAAGGAUCAUGGCCAAAGAUGCUGGUCUGAUUGAAGCUAAUGGGGAGUUGAAGGUUUUCAUCGAUCAGAAUUUGAGUCCUGGUAAAGGUGUCCUGUCCUUGGUGACAGUCCAUCCACAGACACUUCCCAUUGGGAAGCAACUUCUGCCAAAAACACUCGGUCCGUCUAAUGUCAACAUUGCUCCGCAUUUGGUGAUUGGCACACCUCAGAGACCCAGUGGCUCCAAUGCCAUACUGGUGAACAGCCCCCACACGCCCAGCUCACAGUUCCUAGCUCAGACCCAGCCGUCCGAAGCCUCGCCUUGGUCCUCAGGGAAGCGCAGCAAGAAGGGAGAGAAGAAUGGGAAGGGGCUGAGGCAUUUCUCUAUGAAAGUGUGUGAGAAGGUCCAGAAGAAGGGAGUCACCACCUACAAUGAAGUGGCUGACGAGCUUGUGGCGGAAUUCAGCUCUACAGACAACCACAUUUCCCCCAACGACUCACACGUGUACGACCAGAAGAACAUCAGACGGCGUGUCUAUGACGCCCUGAAUGUGCUGAUGGCCAUGAACAUCAUCUCUAAAGAGAAGAAGGAGAUCAAGUGGAUCGGCCUGCCCACCAACUCUGCUCAGGAGUGCCAGAACCUUGAGGUGGAGAGACAAAGACGACUUGAAAGAAUCAAGCAGAAACAGUCCCAGCUCCAAGAGUUGAUUUUACAGCAAAUUGCCUUUAAGAACCUGGUACAGCGCAACCGUCAGACAGAACAGCAAACCAACCGGCAGCCACCGCCCAACUCGGUGAUCCAUCUGCCCUUCAUCAUUGUCAACACCAGCAAGAAGACAGUCAUAGACUGCAGCAUCUCCAAUGACAAGUUUGAGUACCUGUUUAACUUUGACAACAUGUUUGAGAUCCACGAUGACAUUGAGGUGCUGAAGCGCAUGGGCAUGGCCUACGGCCUGGAGGCGGGCACGUGCUCCCCUGAAGACCUGAAGGUGGCACGCGGCCUGGUGCCCAAGGCACUGGAGCCCUACGUCACGGAAAUGGCCCAGGGUCCCAUCAGCAGCGUGUAUAUGACGGGCGCAUCGUCCUCCAAUGGAGGACGUUAUCACGUCGGCAGUGACAGUGGAGCAGACGGCACUCAAGCGUCCAGCUCCAACGACUCCCACUACAGUGGCUCCCGGGUGGAGACCCCCGUGUCCUACAUGGGGGACGAGGACGAGGACGACGACUACGACGAGAACGAUGAUGACGACUAACCCUGCCCUGUCAUCAGUCCUGAGAGCACACCUCUCCAAAAGGCCAUAUUGAAGGGAUGUAUCUUCAUCACGCUCUCACUCUACUGUGCUCUGUCUCUGUCUCUUCCCCUUCCUUCUUCCCCUUGACCUCCUUACUCGACAAGGGCAUUGAAGAGUGUCAACAUGAAGGGCUAAUGCCCAGUUCAUCUUGUUCUCCUUGGAUCCUACAUGUGGGGUGGGUUCCAAAAUCCAAAUAUUCCACAUCAGGAUCUUAUACCCCACUGCCUGCUGGGAGUUGUAGUUCUUCAGCAGACGGACUCCGCUGUAGUUGUAAGGAAUAAUAACAUCUCCUCCUUGAGCAGCACGCUAUCAGGACGUUCGGCUACCCUGUUCUGCACCAUGACUCUUCCCCCACCUGAGAAACCUCCAAGUUAAAUGUCCCUUGCCGCAAGCUGCCAACUAGUGUUGGAUAAUGUGUAGAGUGACCUCUGUGUGAAAUAGUUUAUCUCCAGUUUAAGUUUAUUCUAUUCUGAACACGCGACGUGGUCUGAAAAUUCAAGAUGGCGGUCACCCUCUAGACUGAAGGAUUGGAGAAUCUGACGCUGGCUGCCAUGUUGCCCCAUCCGCUGGGCAGAUCUAUGGAUGUGUGGACACUUUUUUUUUUUUUUUUUUUUUUUUUUUUUUUUUUUUUUUUGUAUGCUGAUUCUUAGCAAGAUUUUUAAAUGAAAUUAUUUUCCCCUCUUCCCUGUGUUUGGCUCACUGCCGACUUCUGGGCAGCUUUUUUUCCCCUGGCGUGGGGAUGCUCUGUUGAGCAGAUUUAUUUUGUUUGUUUGUUUCAGAGCUUUAGAGGUGAUCUUUCCCCUCAGACUGCCUGUUAUUCCUUUUUGUGUUUACCAAUGAUGGGGGCGUCAGGGGAGUAAAAUAAAACUCUAUUACCCACGAGCGUUUAUAGGAAAAACAAAAAAAAGCUUUUGUUUGUGAAUGAUGUGUUGGGUCUCCUGAAGAUUGUAGUUUGUAGAGUCCUCUUCAGGUUGGUAAUAAAAUGGUAAGGAAAUGGUAAGGUUGUAUCCAAACUGUGGGUAAUUAUAGGUCUUUUUUGACUCCCUUUGAACAUAUUUUUUAAACCUGAACAACACAUGUACUGACUCUUCCAAGUAACUUUUCUGUAAUCUAAUAUAAGUUUGGAAAUUAAAUAUAGAGAAUGUUUUAACAA